AUGAAGCAGGUCGCCCAGGAGGAACACGACGCCAACAAACUUGCAGGAGUUGUGAAUCACGUGUUGGAGAUUGAAGUGCGCGCACCCAAUUUGCCCAACUUGAAGUUAGUUGACUUGCCGGGAAUUGUCGCAGGGAAACUCAUUGACGAGCCCGGAGACAUGAUGCAACGCACACGAACACUAGUAGAAAAGUAUCUAAAGAUGCCAGACACUCUGGUGCUAGCAGUAACUCCAGCAUUUGAGCGUGUGCGCAACUCGCAGGCAUUUCAAUUGGUGCAGCAGUACAAGUUAACAGACAAGACGAUAGGCGUGUUGACCAUGGUAGAUCGCGCACGGGACGAAACGAACCCCGAGGGUCCUUUAACGCAAGUGCAAAACCGUCUGGACGGCACAUCGAGCGACAUCGUGAAGACGCGUGGUUUGAGGAAAACCUUCCUCGGUACAUCCAUCGCAAUCUUGCAUCCAGUACUGUACUAG